AUGAGUGCCAAACCAUUCAGAAAUAGCAAAGGUGUGAAUAAACCUUUUUGUUCUCCAUUUAAUAACACUCCUCAAAAUAACAAUAAUAAAAGAAAUACAAACAUUCCAGAAUCAAAUAGUGAUAAAACACCAUUAAAAGUUUCUGUAGCAAAAAGAUUACUUUUCCAACAAACACCUUCUCCAAAAAAGUUAUGUUCAAGUGAAGAAAAUAGUAAUAACCAAGCUAAUAUUAAACAAAAUAAUGAAUUAUAUCAAGUUCAUUUGGAAUCGUUAAAAGAGAGAAUACAACUGAAAGAAGAAUCUAUUAAGAAUUUGAAAACUACUCUGUCAUAUCAGAAAAAGAACAAAGCUGAAGAUUUAGAAAAUGCUAUUAAAAAAUGGACCGAAUGUUGUCAAAAUGCACUUAAGGACUAUCAAAAUGAGUUGCAAGAAAGAACUGGACAGUCAGUGACCAUGUCUGAAAUUCUAUCUUCAUUUAAUAUAAAUCCUGAUAUAGUGUGUUUCUCUGUUGAUAAUGACACAUUUCAGUAA